UGUCGCCUUAUGUUAUUUACUUCCUCGCUGCUUCCUCUCCCCGACCAAAACAUACACAUUUUAACACCACCUUCUUUUUUUAUGUAUUGGGAAGUCGCAAGCAAAACACAACCACUGGCUCGGACAUUCCACGCCUGACACUAUUAAGAUAUUGGUUGAUCGAGCGAAUUCAGAGUUUGUUAAGGGAGUGAAUCCGCGAUGCACGCAAAGACAGACUCGGAAGUGACCAGUCUCGCCCCAUCGUCCCCUACCAGAUCUCCUCGCCGUCCAGUGUACUACGUGCAGAGCCCAUCACGUGAUUCUCACGAUGGAGAGAAGACGGCGACGUCGUUUCACUCCACUCCUGUUCUCAGCCCAAUGGGCUCACCUCCCCACUCUCACUCCUCCGUGGGCCGCCACUCUCGGGAGUCAUCUUCUAGCCGAUUCUCCGGGUCUCUGAAACCCGGAUCCCGUAAAGUCACGCCCAAUGACGGAUCCUCUCGGGGCGGGCAGAGGAAGGGACAGAAGCAAUGGAAGGAAAUUGACGUUAUUGAAGAAGAAGGACUCCUUGAAGACCAAGAGCGUCAAAAGGGUAUCCCUCGGAGAUGCUAUUUCCCCGCUUUUGUUGUUGGAUUCUUUAUUCUUUUCUCCAUGUUUUCACUGAUUCUCUGGGGCGCCAGUAAAUCCCAGAAGCCCGAGAUCACAAUGAAGAGCAUGACAUUUGAGCGAUUCAAUAUUCAAGCUGGGUCAGAUUCUACAGGAGUGGCCACUGAUAUGAUCUCUGUGAACUCCACAGUGAAACUGAUCUAUCGAAACACUGGUACAUUUUUUGGAGUCCGUGUAACAUCAACCCCAGUAGAUCUAUUGUUUUCCGAUCUCACCAUAGCCUCUGGAGCUGUGAAGAAGUUCCAUCAAUCAAGGAGUAGCCAGAGAUUGGUGAGUAUAUCAGUGAUGGGUAAUAAUAUCCCAAUGUACGGAGGCGGAGCGAGCAUCAGCAGUUCAACGGGCACAACCACAUUGCCAGUUCCUCUGAAGCUGAGCUUCACAAUCAGAUCGCGAGCUAACGUUCUGGGCAAAUUGGUAAAGCCAAAGUUCUACAAGAACAUCGAAUGCGAUGUAACUUUCGAUCCAAAGAAGCUGAAUGUCCCAAUCUCAUUGAAGAAGUCUUGCACGUUUGAUUGAUGGUGAUGGGAUCACAUGGGAAGGAUUCUUUUGUCCAAAACGUUUAUUAAAUUUGUUUAUUUAUUCCUUUUAUCUUUUAUGGAAAGUGAAGAUAGUGAGAGACAGCACAGAGGGCAAAGAAGUGGAGAACACGGUUUUUGACAUCACCAUGUGCCAAACACGUGAAUUCUGCACACUUGUUUAUGUAUUGUUUUCAUUUAUUCUGGAUGCUAAAAGUCAGAAACAAGAGUUGUUCAUCAGCUGUUAAUUAUUUAAUGUAAUUAUGAGACUUUGUUGGUUUGUAAUUAUGAGACUUUUGAUCUACAA